CCUCUUUACCAUUACAGAGACUUUCCCCCUUCCCCUUUCUUCCGUUCUUCCUCCUCUCUCUCUCUCUCUCUCUACCCUCAAACCCAUUUCCUCCCCGCCGCCGUCUGCCGUGGAAAACAUAUCCGAGGUGAGCGAACUGCGAAGCGAGAAGAAAUGUCGUCGUCGGACGAGGAAGGAGGCGAGGAGUACCUAUUCAAGAUCGUCAUAAUCGGCGACUCUGCCGUCGGGAAGUCCAAUCUCCUGUCUCGCUACGCGCGGAAUGAGUUCAACCUCCACUCCAAGGCCACCAUAGGCGUGGAGUUCCAGACCCAGAGCAUGGAAAUCGACGGCAAGGAAAUCAAGGCCCAGAUUUGGGACACCGCCGGCCAGGAGAGGUUCCGCGCCGUCACCUCUGCUUACUACAGGGGCGCCGUCGGCGCCCUCGUCGUCUACGACAUCAGCCGCAAGACCACCUUCGAGAGCGUCGGCCGCUGGCUGGACGAGCUCAAAAUGCAUUCUGACACCACGGUGGCUAAAAUGCUGGUGGGCAACAAAUGUGACCUGGACAACAUUAGAGAUGUGAGCGUCGAGGAUGGCACGACCCUCGCAGAACAAGAGGACCUAUUCUUCAUGGAGACUUCUGCACUCGACUCGACCAACGUUAAAAAGGCCUUCGAGAUCGUGAUCCGAGAGAUCUACAACAAUGUGAGCAGAAAGGUCCUGAACUCAGAUGCGUACAAGGCCGAAUUGUCCUUGAACAGGGUCACCAUAUCCAACGAUGGUAGCAACGGAUCAAAGAAAUCUGGUGGCUACGCGUCCUGCUGCUCCAGGUGACCGCCUUCCUCCUCCUCCGAUCUCUUCUCUGGACAUCAAGAAGGGUAGAAUUUUCAGGCAGUUCUUCCUUGUUAGUUCUACUCUUGGUUUGUUGAUUCAAUUCGGGUCCAACGUUUUGGUCUGUUUUUCUGCUGUUGCAUAGUUUAAAGAACAGACACUUUGUUUCCGUUUGCAAAACAAAUCAAGUUAAAUAUCGUAUAGAUGAACAUUCGAUUAUUGGUUCGGAAGAUAUGCAGAAAGGCCUAGAGUGAGAGAGACGAAAAGGAUGACCAUUUUUUUUCCUUCUGAGAUGUUCUGUAUCAUGAGUUGGGUAAAAAAAUUGUUGUACACUUGCUCCUACAAUGCUCAUAAUUCUACUUCCCGCCUUUUGUAUCCAUUUGAUCUGUGCAUUCCCAUGUUCAUGCUCUUCUCAGCAAGGAUGUCCUUUUGUAUCCAUUUGAUCUGUGCCU